ACAGUAUAGAAUAUUUUUACUAUCUAAAAUUAAAUAUAUAUAGUCUUUUUUUAAAGAAAUUUUCCCGAAAAUUGGAGUUCAAAUAUAUGACCGUAUACCUACGAACUGAACCCGAUUGUAUGCCGACGUCACCGAGCUCAUCAAAAGUCUAUAUGGUAAUUUUGGUUUGACAUAAAAUUAACUCUUUUCUAUUUUAAACCUUUAUUGUCCUAUACCAGGAAUUACUUCAGACACUCUAUAACUACCAGAGGUAAGUUAAAGAGUUUGGAAGCUUUAAUUCACUUUUGUUGGAGGUCAGAGUUUAAAAGCACUGAUGGUCAAUAAAAAACGUUUGGGGACGGCAGGUGAUAGUGCAGCGGUGGUAACUGAUACCAGUGAGAUGCAGGUGGAUAAUGAUGGUGAACAAGAUGACGUCAUUACCGAAACAGCCGAGAACAAUUCAGAGGAAGCGAACCCUCAGGAACCAACACAAACUGACCACCUCAACAAGAAACUGUUAGAAGCAUUUUUAUCAAGAAUUAACACGAGCAAUGAUGGACAAGCAGCCUCAUGUGAUGGUCCCAACGAUUCAUCAGACUGGGUUGACGAGACUACCUAAGAACUGUGUUAGACACUCAAAAUCAUAUUAUCAUAAAUACUGUUAAAUUCACAGAUCACUGACGAUAGCGUGGCAAUAGCUUGUAUAUAAACAGAUGGAUGACAUUAGCUGAUUUUUAGUAAUAAUUGUUUUGUAUGAUUGCAUGACAAUAUUUGUUUGUGGGAAACUCAUGUUUAUUAUAACUGUAAUUAAUGCUUGCGAUCUGUGAACCCAAAAGUUUUACAGUAAUAAAUGGUGUUUUCUAAAACCAAAACAAACUUCACCAUGUAAUAUAAAGACAAUAAAUUUAUGGCACAUACAAGAAUAUACAUUAAAAACAUCCUAUAAUGUCAUGAAUAACCCGAGUUUUGAAAAUUUUGAUUAUUGGGCUUGCUGUGGUUUACUUGUAUAGCUCACUUCAGAUAAACAUAGCGCUCAGUGUUUGGUCAAAAAAUUUUCGCGGG